AAAGAUAAUAAAAUAUUGAGCAAUAAAACUCUGUUUGUGUUGAUAUACACCUGCAAAAGAUGAUAAAAUGUUUUGAAAGCUUUAUUAAUUUUUCUGGUACAGAUGUUUAUUUAUCAAAUCAAAAAAGGUCGGUUUAUUUUUUUUUUAAUAUAUAUAGUGGCACCUAAAAAUGUACAGGCCAAACGGAAGCAUGGAUGUCCCCCGUGCUAUGACUUCCUUGGUGGGAAGACAUGAUAUGGUUUUUUUUUGAAAUGCCAUGGAUAUCCUUGGUGGGAAGACAUGAAUGUCCGCCGCUCAUCCAAUGGGUCUUCACAGGCGUCACACCACACCACCGGCAUCCUUAAAACUGAUGACUGACUUUGUGCCAAAGAGGGAGGAGUUCACGUGAUAUGCAACACCCAUGCCAUUCCAAGCAGUCCUAGUCCACCCUAAUGGCGCUCACCGCCCUUCCAUUUAUUUAAAGACAUGUAACUUCCCUUCAUAUCCAUAAUUUCCAUGCCCCAGGCUUCUUUACUCUGCGGCUCCCAAUGAAAUUCCAAGACCAUCUUAUAAAGAAAAGCAUGGUGCAGCAGAAAAAGCAGGACCUUAAGAAUGAGGUUAUCCAUUUGGAAGCACAGUUGAAGGCCGAAGAAACAAUUAAUAGGGUCUUACGCUGCGCAAUUGAUUGUCCUCCUUUGUCCCUCCCAUAUCUGAUCUCAUCGUUUCCUCCUCGUGUCCGGGUGCUCCUCCAAGAACUGGCAACUGUGGAGGAGGAGAUCCUUUUGCUCGAAAGAAGGGUGAAGGAGCUGAAACUUCAACUGUCCACGGAGGGAGAUCAAAGCAGAGAAUGGGAACAUCAUCUUAGAAGAUCGUCGGGAUAUGGCUCAAUGGUUAACGGGCAGAGGUACAGAUCGCACAACUUUCAGGUAUUCACGAAAAGGAGAAUAACGAGAGAUAGAAGAGUCUCUCCGGGUUCCGCAUUAGAUAUCCAUACCCUGUUCACCACAUCCAGAAGGUCAAACGAAUGUACAGCUCAGGGAGAAGUCCCAAGACAAUGCCAAACACAAAUAGCAAUAAUGGGCAUUCAGAAAGCAAACGCACUGUCAGAGGAACUGCUUAAAUGUCUGAUCGGAAUAUUUCUUGAACUGAACGAUACAUCGUGGGACAGAAAAGAACCAGACGCUGGUGCUCCAAAACUUACGCUGUCGUGCAUGAAAUCUACUGGCUUCGCUUGCAAGACGCCUUCAUUCCUUUCAGAUCCAUACGUGUUAAGUACAGAUCCUUACGGUAUAUCAUCAGAUUCAGAUUGCCUAGCAAGAGAUGUGGGGCCAUACAAGGAGUUCAUUCACAUCACUAGCAGCUCAUUGCACAUUGACCGCUUUUCGCAGUGCCUGCCCGCGUUUGGAAAAUUGAGGGUGCUGAUAAAUAAGCUGUGCGAGGUGGAUUUGAAUUUCUUGACCAACAACCAGAAAUUGGCAUUCUGGAUCAACAUCUACAACGCCUGCAUAAUGAAUGCAUUUUUAGAGCAGGGGAUGCCUUCUACCGAGGAUGAAGUGUCAGAGGUAAUGACUAAGGCGGAAAUCAAUGUGGGCGGAAUGGUACUGAAUGCUCUGGCCAUUGAACACUUGAUUCUGCGACAUCCAGGAGAAUCAAAACAAGGAGGUGAUGAGCAGAGAGGCGCGGAUGAGAAGGCGAUGGUGGUGCGGGAUGCGUAUGGGUUGGGGUACCCAGAAGCGAACGUGACGUUUGGACUGUGCAGAGGGACAUGGUCGUCGCCAGCGUUACGGGUGUACAGCGGGGAGGAAGUAGGGCAGGAACUGGAGAGAGCGAAGGCGGAGUACCUGGAAGCAGCGGUGGGGCUGAGGAUGAGAAGCAAGAGGAAGAUGAUAGUGCCGGAGCUGUUGGAGAGGCAGAUGCUUGACUUUGCGGACGACAUGGAGUCGUUGGUGGAGUGGAUAUACUGCCACCUUCCUCUUCUCUCUUCCUCUCUCAAAUCCACUCCCUGCUUCCCUAUCCAAAUCCAACCUUAUCGUUCUCAUUUUCGCUACCUCCUGCCUCCCUCUCCUUAUGCUAUUUGAAUAUAAUGCUCCAAUCCAUGUGCCUACAUCUUUUGUCUUGGA